UUCCAAUGACAUACUCCGAAUUGCCCUUUACAACGCAAGAAUUGAGACUUGAUUUUUUUUUCUAAAAAAAAAAGUAACACAAAAGUCAUGUGAGGCUAGGCAGCCAAACCUCAGCCUCACAAAUGACUCAGGUUAGCCUGAGGCGGCCGAUGAGGCUGAACAUGUAUUAAUACGACUUCAUUGUCACCACUCUCCUCAUCGGGUUCUUGUACCAACAACCCACUUUGUCAGCCGCUACACGCCGUGGGUGGCCGUGGGAAAUUCUCCCCGCCCCUCGUCUUUCCCACCAUGGAGCCUUCGUCAUCGUUCGGGAAGUUCUUCUACUUCUCAUAUUUUGCCGUCGGUUCUUAUCUUGCGAAAAGCCUUCUGGACCAGGUGGGCAGCUUACCGCUCCAUUUCUUGUAUUCGACCGUCGAAGUACAAUCGCACGACGAUGCCUACAACUAUCUCCUGUUUUGGUUAACGAAGCAACGGUUUAAUGAAAGCAAGAAUCGCCUCAUCGCGAGCACCUCCCUCAGUAGUGGCCUGGAUUACUUCAGUGACGACUCCGACGAUGGUGAGUUUGACGACAUGCUGGAUGCGGAAACCUCCACCGACACCGAAUGGAAGGCAUCGUUGUCGAAUACACGGCAACUGCUGUGGUCGCCCUCCGAAGGCAUCCACUAUUUCAGGUAUGGCGGUCGAUGCCUGGCACUCACGCGGCAGAUUGAGGAACGCGGGACCAUGCUCUACACGCGCACCGAUAAACUCCGCAUCUCAUGUCUCGGAUGGGAUGCGUCCAUUUUGAAGCAGUUGCUGCUGGAAGCUCGCGUAGAAUACUCACAGAAAGAAAAGGGCAAGACGGUGAUUUAUCGCGGCGCGAAGAGAUCCUAUGACAAUGACUUCUACUGGGCCCGUUCGACAGCGCGUCCCGCCAGGCCAUUGUCCACCGUCAUCCUGGACCACGAAGAGAAGAUCGCUUUUAUCCAAGACGUUCAGCAGUAUCUCCACCCCAGCACGAUGCGAUGGUACAGCGAUCGGGGCAUCCCAUACCGCCGAGGGUAUCUGUUUUAUGGCCCACCCGGCACGGGCAAGUCGAGUCUCGCCUUCGCGGCGGCAGGGUUUCUCGGAUUGAACGUGUAUAUCCUGGACCUGAAUGCCACGCAGCUCACCGAAGACGCGUUGGCACAGCUCUUCCAAGAGUUGCCCCGCCGAUGUCUAGUGCUCCUGGAAGACAUCGACACGAACGAAGUGACUAGUCGACGCAGUGAUGAGUCGAAAAAGAAGCGAAAGGGGAACAACAAGAUCUCGCUCUCGGCCUUGCUCAAUACGAUCGAUGGCGUCGCAGCGCAGGAAGGCCGCGUGCUCGUCAUGACCACCAAUCACCAAGAGAAUCUGGAUCCAGCCCUCAUUCGGCCGGGUCGGGUGGAUUACCAGAUCGAGUUCAAGCUGGCCAAUCGCAACCUGAUGAUGCAGAUGUUUCAGAACCUGUUUCGAGACGUCCUUCCGAGCAUUGACUCUCACCUGGAGGACAGCGAGACUGACGCGCUGCUGCUAACUUCGACUGCCGAAAAGGUCCCUCUGCUCCCAGCCCCCGACCACGCCCUGAGCCGUCCUGAAAGUCCGGAUGUGGAUAUGGAGCAGCUGGCGGCCACCUUUGCCGAGAAGAUUCCCGAGCUCACGUUCUCGCCGGCCGAGAUCCAAGGCUAUCUGCUGUGCCACAAAAGCUCCCCAUUGGAUGCCAUCGCACAUGUAGAAUCCUGGGGAGAGAAGACACUGGAAGAGAAGAAAAAGAAGGAUGCCGAAAGAGAGUCGCAGGAGGCCGACAAUGAUAGCACAAAGGACAAGGCUAAGAAGGAUAAGAAGGGGAAGAAGGGCAAGAAGGGUAGGAAAGACAAGAAAGCAAAGGAGAGCAAGGACGAGACCGACGAAGAGAAGGAGGAGGGAUCCUCUAGUUCAGAGAGUGAAUCGGACAAAGAAUCAUCAGACGAGGAGAACGAACAACCAAAUGGAAUGUACUAAUAUUGAAGACUAGAGGAUGUGGAGGGCUUCAAUUCAUAUCGGGAGCAAUAGUUGGCAAAUACUACGAGUAGACCAAUACAGCAGAAAAGACAGCCAUUUGCGAACCG